AUGUGGUCGGCCCUCGAAUCCAAGGAUGUUUUACCUGGAGUAAAGAACGAACAACCUGAUGUCUUUCAAAUGAUGUGGAAUAAUGCCUUCUCCCUGGUCGGUCCUACCCCCCAAAUGGGCGAGGUGGUGCUUCAAAAACAACUCAAUGCUUCCUCCCUGCUGCAACACGCCCUGACAAUUCUCUCUAAGCGAGUUCCUUCUGAUUCUUCCAAGCCCCAAGUUGUACCCAAACAAAUCGACGAGAAUGCGCGUCCGACGAAGACUUGCUUCGAAUGCACCUUCUGCGGACGAAGCUACGUCACAAAGACGGGUCUUCAACGGCACCAGAACCAAUGUCCUAGAGUGGACAGUGGAAGGCUAACUCCACCAUCUCCUGAAAGUCCAGAUCCUGACGAACAUGCGUCAUCUCUGUCACCGUCUUCAUCGGCAAUCUCACGGCAAUACACCUGUCACGUUUGUGCCAAGAUCUACUACUCCAUGUCAGCACUGAAGAUGCAUAUUCGGACGCACACUCUACCCUGCAAAUGUAACAUCUGUGGGAAGGCGUUUUCUCGCAUGUGGCUCCUGAAUGGUCAUCUGCGGACGCAUACAGGCGAAAAACCAUUUGCCUGCCGGGUGUGUCAGAGGGCUUUUGCGGAUAGAUCGAAUCUGCGAGCGCAUAUGCAGACGCACUCGGAGGUGAAGCGAUACCGCUGUGAGGAGUGUGGCAAGACCUUCUCGAGAAUGGGCCUCCUGACAAAACACACACGUUCGGGAUGUUCCACCCAGCUGUCCACCGGUUCGCCACCACCUCAACAAGUCGACUCCUCGCAACUUCAGCGGAACCCAGCGUCGAUUUUCUCCUGA